UUUCUGGUAGGCAAGCUUAUAAUUAUUUCAAACAAUUGCCCUCCAUUGAGAAAAUCUGAGAUUGAGUACUAUGCCAUGCUUUCUAAGGUUGGAGUACAUCAUUAUAAUGGAAACAAUGUUGACUUGGGAACCGCUUGUGGGAAGUAUUUCCGUGUUUCUUGCCUGAGCAUUAUUGAUCCAGGUGAUUCAGAUAUCAUCAAGAGCCUCCCUAGUGAUCAAUGAGCAAUUAUAUUUCUCUUUCCUUUUUACAAUGUUUGAGCCCUCUCCAAUUUGGACUUUUCUUUUUCUUUCCCCGUGAUAUUAGACAUUAGUUUGAACUCUUUUUGUCAAAUUUUGC